AUGCAAUCGUAUCGACUCAUGCUAGAGCACCACCACGAGGAGGCUAUGAAAGGCUACGAUACGAAGACGUUACUGCACGGCUCGGCGCUGCACGAUAGAGGCUACGGCGACGGUUACACCAAGAAUGACGGCUACUCCAAGGGUGACGGCUACUCCAAGAGUGACGCCACCGCCUACGGAGGAAAGGCGGGCGUCGUAAGGGGUGGCAGUGGCGCUACGGACGCGACGGCCAACGCCUACAAGACGAGCACCGAAAAGUGCAUCCUGCUCAACUCCGACCCAAAGGAGAAGUCCAAGAAGGGCGGAGGUCCGGAGACCUCGUUGGCAGCGGCUGCCGCUGCCGCCGCGGCGCAGGACGCCAGCGGGAUACGUCGCUACAGGACGGCCUUCACGCGAGAGCAGCUGGCCAGGCUCGAGAGGGAGUUCUCCCGAGAGAACUACGUCUCCAGACCCCGGAGGUGUGAGCUGGCCGCCACGCUCAACCUUCCAGAGAGCACCAUCAAGGUGUGGUUCCAGAACAGGCGCAUGAAGGACAAACGGCAACGCAUGUCCCUGGCCUGGCCGUACGCCGACCCGCAGUUCGCCGCGUACAUGCUGAACGCCGCGGCUGCGGUCGCCGCCUCGGGUACCGCGGGAUACCCGUACGCGCUGCCCUUCCCGUACUACACGGCAGCGGCGCUGUCUCCGCUCGGCCGCUACCACAUGUACAGCACCGGCGCCAGUCCUGUCAGACCGCCGUCCCCGGGAGGCAUUCAGCUGGCGCCCGGGACGUUUCCCCGGGGACCUGCGGACCCGGCUACGGCGACGUCGCCCACAGCGACGACUCCGUAUCCUUGCCCCUGCUUACCGUACGCCCCCGGCACGCCGCUGCCGCCCACGGGGCACCCGUCGCACCAGCAGCACGCGACGUCGACGACGCCCUCGACAGCGGGGUCCAACCGGUCGCCGCCGACUUCCCGGAUCAUCGCGGCUCGCGAACCCAUCACCCUGAAUGCGCACACCACGACGGAGCCUUCGGCGAAGGCACCCAGCUUUUUCCGACCGUUCAAAACGGACUCUGAGAAGGCCUGA